AAAAUGUCAAACAAUGUUUAGAAAAUAAAACUUAAAGUCACAUUUUUCUAUUAUUAAACAAUAGUAUAUAUUUGCCGCUUCUUAAAAACACAUUUUUUAAUUUAAAAUAAUUAUCUGCCGCUAAGCGAAAUUGAUUUUUGUGUGACCUGUACUAGAAGAAGAAUAUAAGAAGUCAAAUCAGCUUUUCGUGAAACUCUCAACUACGUUAUGAAGAACCCGAUCUGGUUUAUUUUCUGGUUGUUGGUCUUACUUUUAAUCUCAUUUUUUGUGGCUUUCUUCGCUUCAUUCUUUUACAUAUUAUUCUACAUGUUUGAGGCGUGCUGUGACUGCUGGAAUGGCAUUAACAAUUUUCUGCUGAAAUGCGUACAGUUCCCUCACCAUUGCGCCGAAGCCAUGCUUGAGUGCCGAUCUCCAUUCUAAAGACGGUCAUUUGAUAUGAAUGCUUAUACUACGAACAUAUGUAAAUCUAUAUUUAUACAAAUGGAAAACAUAUCAAUAAAAUAGCGUAAAGAACGUGA